UCAUUGCUUUAAAUUCACACUUGUUCACAUCAGAUUUACCUGAACAGAGAUGUUUUGUCUUGUUGAGAAUUUUACCAGAGAGUUGCAGCAUGAAAAGGAUAAGGCAGAAUAUUUCUCUGAAAUCAUGCUGCACGAUCAGAAACUGAUUUCCAACAAGAUGGAGGAAACCAAAACCUGGGUCCUGGAGAGACUCAUAAAGGACAGGGAGUUUGUCAGGACUGAAGUUAAAUUCCAAUGUGAUGCCCUGGUCAAACAAUGUUUCAGGGAGGAAGAGAUAAGAAGGCAAAGAAAGAACGAUAACCAGUUGAACAGUGUGAUGGAAAACGAAAAGGCGAAAUCUGAUGUUCGCUGGAUGGAGGUGAUGAAGAAAGAGAUGCAGAGAAUGAGAGAUGAAUGGCUUAAAGAAGAAAAGGUGAAGACGACGAUACUGAAAAGGAAAUGGAAAAUGGCAGAAGAGAAAAUAAAGGAUGAGGAAAAGAUACGGAUGGACGGGGAAAAAACUCUGGAGGAAAAGCUAAAGCAGAUUAAUGAAACGGUCUUGGAGAUGGAGAAAGCCAUGAUAAGAAUGGAGUCUGAGAGAUUGAAAGAAAGCGAGGAGAUUGAGAAGUACAAGAACAUGGCAGAGAGGAAGAGAGUUAAAGACCAAGAGCAGAUGAGAAAAGAGAUUGAAAUGAUCCAGAGAGAAAGAGUGAGAGACCAAGAGGAAUUUGAUAAAUACAGGGAGAUGAUGCAGAGGGAGAUACAGGAAGAGAGAAAGGUCAUUAAAGAAUACAUGGAGACCACACAGGAGAGACUGAGGCUCCUGGAGGAGGAAAGGAGGACCGCUGAAGAUCAGCGACAAAAGAUGGAGCAAGAGAGAAUAAAUGAGAAGAAAGAGAUUGAAAAGUACAUCCAAGAGGAGGAAUCUGUUAAACUUGAGCUCCAAAGAGAGAUGUGGUGGAUGAGAACGGAAAGAAACCAGGACAAGAAAAAGAUUAAGGUCCUCCAGGAGAAAUAUGAAGCCAGGACGAGUGAGGUGGAGCAGAUGAGGAUGGAGAUGGAGGAAAACUUGACCAACCAGCGGAAGCAGAUGGAGCAAGUAAUGAAAGACAGAGAGCAGAUGAGACGGUUGGAGUUUGAAAGGGAGAAAGAAGGGAUUAGAGGCCUGCAUCUGCGAGACCUGGAUAACAUCCGGGGAAAACUAGAGAAAGAAAAGAAGCAGAUGAGGAAGAAAAAUGAAAAGGAGAGAGAACAACAGGCCAGGAACUUACAGCGCCUACAGCUGGAGACUCUGUUUUUACAAGAGCUCACUGAGGCAAGGAACACUGAUGUCUCGCAUCAAGAAAUGAGGGUUAAAUCAAGCAAGGCUUUGGAGGCCAGUAGAAAGAUGGUCAGAGACAAUCAGAAUGACAAGGUGGUCAAAGAUGGACAAAAGGAAAAGAAAGAGCUAAAGAGCAGAGUUGGAGGAAAGGGAAAAAAGAAGUGGAGCUUGAGGAGCUUCUUUAGAAAGCCCUCUGCAUCAGAAUGAUAAAUAAAUAAUAUCUUAUCAAUGUAAUUUUAAAUGUCUUAUGAAUUUUAAAACAAAUAUUUAAAUAAAUGA